AUGAAUCCUAUUCGCUAUGACAAUCGCUAUGAGUAUCUGGACUCGGAUUCAGAGGCUGCUAUGCCUGGAGAGGAGGAAGACGACCAGCCCACUGCGGAGAUCCACCUGACUAGUCCACUCAGGUCUGAUUUGGAGAUCCGCGACCCCGAUGCAGGAGUGACGGUCAGAAGCUACAGGACGGGAAAAUCAUCCCCCACAAUGCACCUGAGUAACAGAACGAUCGUUGUGAUCGCCGCUUUGGUAGCGGCAUGUGUCGGGAUCGGGAUCGGGGUGAUUAUAGGCUGGUUCUCAUCACAGGCUCAGCUCCCCAAAGUUGGGAGCUGCGAGACGGGAUGGAGUGAUGCCUUGAAAGAAGAAGACAGUGAUGCUGGAACGUUGCUGAUGAAUGAGAUGCAAGCUGGAAACAUGAAGGAAUACCUAAGAAAGCUAACAUCCACCCCCCACCUAGCAGGAACACCAGCGGACAAAUCCAAUGCAGACUACGUCAGAGACGAAUGGAUCAAGUAUGGUCUGGAACCGGUCCGACAAAAUGCCUACAAUGUUCUACUGUCCUACCCCAGUAAAGAAGAUCCCAACUAUGUAUCAGUGCUUAACAGUGACAACACCCAGUUCUUUCAAUCACAAGCUGAAGAGCCUCCAUUAGAUGUUGGGACCCUCAGCAAUGACACCGUGCGACCUUUCAAUGCUUAUGCUGCCAAUGGUACAGUACAGGGAGAUCUUGUGUACGUUAAUUACGGGCGAGUGGAAGAUUUUCAGUUAUUGGAGGGCAGCCUCAACAUGAAUGUGACUGGGAAGAUUGCAGUGGCCCGGUAUGGGAAGAUCUUCCGAGGGGACAAGGCUAAGCAAGCCGAAGCAUUUGGUGCCAUAGGCUUGAUACUCUACUCUGAUCCUGCGGACUAUGCUGUUGAUGGCAUCUCUAGUGUCUACCCAGAUUCGUGGUGGUUACCGGGCUCAGGGGUCCAGCGGGGGUCUCUGUAUAUUCAACAAGGCGUCGGGGGUGACCCCCUGACACCUGGGUACCCAUCACUAGACAGUGCAUUCCGUGAGGAUGAAUCGUCGAUUGAUAUGCCCAGCAUUCCUGUUCAGCCAAUCGGUUAUGACGAUGCCAAGAAACUCCUUGAUGAGCUUGAGGGUGCUGAAGCACCAGAGGAUUGGAGGGGUGCACUGCAAGGAUUGACGUACCGCCUGGGUCCAACACUCAAAGAUGCCAAAAAAGUGAAGCUGGAGGUGUAUAAUCGCAAUGAAAGACGGACAGUAUAUAACGUCAUUGGUAUGGUACGGGGAAGCAUUGAACCAGAUCGCUAUGUAAUCGUAGGUAACCACAGAGAUGCAUGGGUCUUUGGUGCUUUAGAUCCCUCCAGCGGUACGGCUGUCAUGAUGGAGGUAGCCAGAGCUAUGGGAAAACUGCACAAAGAAGGGAAAUUUCGACCUCGUCGAUCGAUCGUGUUUUGCAGCUGGGCUGCUGAGGAGUACAGCCUAAUUGGCUCCACUGAAUGGGUGGAGGAGUUUGCGAAGACGUUGGGAGGCAGGGCUGUGGCGUACCUUAAUGUCGACAUCGCAAUCCAGGGCAACUAUACCUUCCGAGCUAAAGCCACACCCAACCUCUUCAAUGCAUUAUACCAGGCAGCUAAGCAGGUACCUGAUGUCCAGGAUCCAGGCCAUCUUGCUACAGUCUACGAUACGUGGCUGGAUAGAAACCCAUGGUCAGAUAGCAAGCAACUCCCACAUGUACUCAAUAUAGGUUCCGGCAGUGACUAUGCAUCAUUCCUUGGUGAGCUAGGCAUAUCGUCAGUAGAUCUGCGCUAUGACUACAAUCAUGACUACAAGAUUUCCAGCUAUCCGCUUUACCACUCUAUGUACGAGACAUUUCACCUGGUGUCGGAGGUCAUGGAUCCCACCUUCAACUAUCACCUGGCCACAGGCAGGCUGUGGGGGGAGCUGGCUAGGUCGCUGGCCGACUCACUCAUCUUACCGUUUGAUUGCCAGACAUACGUCAGCCACCUGGAAGAGUCUAUUGCCUCACUCAAGACCAAGUACACCGACCAGAUGAGCCCGCAAGGGAUCACAUUUGAUGCAAUUGAUGCAGCGCUGGCCAAACUAAUCCAAGCUGCAGACUGGCUGCAUGAUUACAUCAGCAAGAUGGACAUGAAAGAUCCAUUUGAUGUUCGCAAGGUCAACGACCAGUUAAUGAUGAUGGAGAGAGCUUUCUUGGAUCCACUUGGCCUGCCAGGCAGAUCACUACAGAGACAUGUUGCCUUUGCGCCUAGCAGCAAGAACAGUUACUACGGAGAUGCCUUUCCAGGGAUUGUGGAUCUGAUGUUUGACAUUGAGAACGCGGAGGACAGUGCUAAGCAGUGGGAUCUGGUGCGCAAGCACAUGUCUGUAGUAGCGUUCACAUUACAGUCCGUUGCGUCCACACUGACAGGCGUUGAUGUACUUGGGGUGCAACCCUAGCCAGGCCAGGCUUUGUGACUUGGCUCAUUAAGAGAAAGAAAUGAGUCAAGCAUAUGCAUUUUUGUGUUCAAAUUUCCCAUGCAAGUUAUUGAACUGAACCCGCAAUUUGAGAAUGGUAUGUUCAGUUCAAUAGGUCAAGUAUUAUUAAUUAUUCAUAAACAUGAGUUACAAAUGUAUUAUUUGCAUGGGACAUUUGACGUCUGCAUCUAUUUUAUGCAAAUUCCAGUGGUGUUUAAUCCUGACAUCAAUACACAUGCUAAAUUACCUAAUGGUUGAGAUUAUUUUUUGAUCACCUUGUUGAGAUAUUUCUAACGAAGUGAUUCUGUCGAAAAGUGGUCUUUGUUCUAUACCUUUAAAUUGUUUUGUUGUUUCCAUUGCUCAUUUUACAAAGAAGAUUUGAAGGUUUGCAUGCUGAAAGUAGCAAUAAGAAGGCGCACAUGUACACAAAAAGUGAUGUCAUUAUGUUAAAGGCCUAUUGGACUCUUAAACACUCAUUAUGACUGACUUAUAGACAUGAAACAAAGAUUUGAAAAUUAAACAAUUCUCUCUGAAUGUGUGCUUAUUUAUUAUAGAAAACAAUUUACAAAAAUGUACAUAUUAAACAAGGCUUUACAAUGACAACUAGUCUGUUUUGAUAUAUUCUGUCAAUUCAUUGACAGUUCUUGCUUUUUAUAUCUUAAAAAAAAAUAUUGCAAAUGCAUCACAAAAGUUCAAUUUGAUCUAGUUUCUUAUAUACAAUUAUAGGCUGAAUAACCAUGGAUAAAGCAUUAUACAGGUUUCCUCGUCAUAAGAUUCUUAUCUUUAAAACAGACAUUUUCAACCGCCAAGUUCACCCCUUUCAUGCUAUUUUAUUUUGAUUUCACUGAAAGUAUCAAAAAAUAAUGUGUAUAUUUGAUAAAUGUUAAUAAUACCAACCUAUAGGAAUUAUAUAAAGACUAUUGGAAGGGAAUGUUUUGAUAAUAAACAUUGCAUAAAAG